UUUUCUAUUAUUAGCCAGCUAAUGAUAGCUUAAUCUCGUGCAGAACGACCGCACUACCCUUCCCAUUCCCCAUUUUGCCCUUACUCGGACCCGAUAUCUCACCGAAGUACUCUACGACUUGUUCCUCUGUCAUAUACUCAUAUCCUUCGAAAAUCCACAGUGGCAUUUUCCGUAGUUUCAGCAACAAAAGGUGGCUAUUUUACGUUGCGUCCUGUAUUUAACAAACCUCCUCCUAAACCCUUCAUUUAUUUGAGCGGUGCUCUUGCGAUUGCGACUUCUUUUUGCUUUCUCGAACGGCUUGUCGGAAAAUCUUCCACGCUUCUCCGUCUGAAACCGGUUUUCUGAGAGGUUUCUCUGUGGCUUUUUUCUUCUUUCCGAUUGGUUUCAUUCCCAAACGCGAGAGGCUCCGCAGAGAUGGAUCUAGUUUUCCGACCGGUAUUUCUGAAAAUCUCGAGAGGAUUUCAACAUUUCUAGUUUUCUGAGCGGUAUCCUCAUCGGGUUCCGGUGGAUUCGUAUUUUCAGGGGUUUUAUAGGAGGAUCUGUUGCGUAGAAGGCCGGAUCUGUGAUUUCGGAGUUCUCCGGGUGGUUUGAGCUGCGGAUUGCAGAGAAAUGGUUUUCCAGGUGGUUUUAUCAGCUCUGAGUUUCUGAGAAGCGAUUUUCCUCUCUCUCCUUUAGUUUCCGUUAUUUAAAUGAAAGAUAUAAUGACAUCCGGAACGAGACUGCCGACAUGGAAAGAGAGGGAGAAUAACAAGAGAAGGGAGAGACGGAGGCGAGCGAUCGCUGCGAAGAUCUACGCCGGCCUGCGGAUGUAUGGAAACUACAAGCUUCCGAAGCACUGCGACAACAACGAGGUCUUGAAAGCCCUCUGCAAGGAGGCUGGUUGGACCGUCGAAGAGGACGGCACCACCUACAGAAAGGGAUGCAAACCGAUGGAGCGCAUGGACAUCAUGAGUGGGUCGGUGAGCCCUUGCUCAUCAUACCAACCUAGCCCAUGUGCCUCCUACAACCCAAGCCCACGUGCAUCUUACAACCCAAGCCCAGCCUCUUCUUCCUUCCCCAGCCCAGCCUCCUCAUCCUACGCCGCUAACACUAACACUAACUCUGACACCAGUUCCCUCAUCCCAUGGUUGAAGAACCUCUCCUCAUCCUCGUUGUCAGCCUCCUCCUCGAAGUUCCCCCACCACCUCUACAUCCCUGGAGGCUCCAUAAGUGCCCCUGUCACCCCUCCAUUGAGUUCUCCAACUGCCCGGUCCCCCAGAAUCAAGAAUGACUGGGAUGAUGCUGCUGCUGCCCCAUCAUGGGGUGCACAUAACUACUGCUUCCUGCCCGCUUCCACCCCUCCGAGCCCUGGGCGUCAGAUCCAUCCCGACCCUGGAUGGCUCUCUGGGAUUCGGAUCCCGACUGGUGGGCCAACAUCGCCCACCUUCAGCCUUGUCUCUGCCAACCCUUUUGGAUUUAAGGAUGAGGUGUUGGCGGGCGGCAGCUGCCGCAUGUGGACGCCAGGGCAGAGUGGCACAUGCUCUCCAGCGGUAACAGGAGCGCCCCUCCACACUGAUGUGCAUAUGUCAGAUGGGGCUUCAGAUGAGUUUGCAUUUGGCAGCAACAACACGAUGGGGCUGGUGAAGCCAUGGGAGGGGGAGAGGAUCCAUGAGGAAUGCGUUUCGGAUGAGCUUGAGCUCACACUCGGUAGCUCCCGUACCAGGAGUGCUGGAACCGACAUGUGACAGGUGCAUGCUUGGUAUGUUUUCUUCUCUAUCCCUUGUCCUUCUAUCUGUCAUCUGUAAUAUGGAGAGAGAGAGAGAGAGAGAGAGAGAGAGAGAGAGAGAGAGAGAGAGAGAGCUUAUGGUUUGUUGGUUUACCAUCCUCUUCUUAGGGGAAAUUGAUGAGAUGACUUCUGUUAAUUGAAUGUGUUGAGUUUGGGUGUUGUGUGGACCAAACGGUGAAAAAGAUGGGGAUUGAAGAUAUGGUGAGGAAAAGGAUGUGAGAGUAGCUGUUGUUCUUUCUUGUUUAUUUUUAAAUAUCAUGACAUGUAUCUGUGGGGUCCACCCAUUUUUCUUCAUACUAAUGAUGUUUGUAUACCAGUCUCCUAGGCAUUCCUUUGAAUAUUGGAUGAUCGUAACUGGUGGUUGAAUUCAAACUAGGAGCUAUUUGAAUGCAGAAGAUGCUUUUCUUCC